AAUUGUGAGAAAUAUGAGCUCUCAGGAACUUAUCAUUUGUCCAAUAUGUUUCGAAAAGUUCAACAAACCCCGCUAUUUGCCCUGCCUACACACCUAUUGUGAAGACUGCCUUGCGGACUACAUUUCAUCAUCUUACAAGGAAGAGGAGGGAGGGUUUGUGUGCCCAACAUGUCGCUCAGUAAACCAAGUGCAAAUUUCGGAGGGCAAAUCAGCAAAGACUGUGGCUACAAGUUUUCCGAUAAAUCACUUAAUUGUGACUUUGCUUGAUCAACAUCAAUUAGAAGAGAAAGAGGUAACAUGCCAACCUUGUGCUAAAAGAGGAAAAAGCGAAAGUGGCAAAUUUUGGUGUUACUCAUGCAGUGCUGCACUCUGUGAGGCUUGUGGUGAAUUUCAUACAUCUUUACCUAUUCUAGCUGAUCACAGAAUCGCCCCUAUUGAUGAUUCCAAAGAUACAAGUAUGCUUGCAUCAAGUGUCCAUGACCACUGCGAUGUUCACACAGGAAAGAAGUUAGAAAUGUUCUGUGAAGAUCAUGAUGUUGCUUGUUGUGCAACUUGCACAAUGGUGCACCAUAGAAAGUGUGAAACAGUUUUGACACUGCAAGAUGCGGCAAAAAAAUCUUUUGACAAAGACAAUAAUAUAGACAGUGAAAUAGAAAUGUUGAUUCAAAAAAUUGAUACAAAGGUUGAUAUCUUAACCAAGAAUUAUGAUAAAUUAGAAAAAGACAGUGAAACUCGUGGAAAUGAAAUUCAAGAAUUUAGCGAUAAGUUGAUAAAACAUUUGGUAAAAUUGAAAACAGAGUUUGAAACUAAAGUCUCUGAGACUCGUGAUACAACAAUGCAAAUGAUUCAAGAGCGUAAACAAGCAUUGAUCGAUAUGCAGACGAUGCUAUCUCAUUCUGAAGAUCUUCUACAAGCUGCUGAAGAGAAAUGUUCCAAAGUACAGCUACUGACACUGUUACCAAAGAUUUCCAAGCUUAGGGAUGAAAGUAGAUGCAAGCUAGAGGAGAUGAAGAAAACCCCUAUUACACUAGAUUCAGAGGUCAUCAUCGAUAAAGCAAUUGAACAGUGUGCAACCAUAGAAACAUUAGGAAAAUUGGAAUAGAACUUAAGAUUAUUUUUCAUUUCAAUACGCACAGGCAUGGGCAACUCUUUAGUUGUAUUUUAUCCUGAUCUGUAUAUGAAAGAAAAUUCACUACUUUGUGCAAAUAUUUAAUCGGAUUCUUUGAUGUAAUUUGCAAAAUUCUACUGAUGCAAACAAAUUCAUAAAUUUUCAUUUGUAUGUAGAAUAUGUCUGAUUUUGUAAAACUUUAUAUGUAAAUAGAGCAUUAAAAAUA